CUCCACACACACGCCGUCAUGUCUGACUUCCUCUUCUCAUGAAGAACAAAGCGUGACGCUCCUCCCUGAACCUCUUCUCUCCUGUCAAGGGGAACCUGGAGCGCUUUGAAGAUUGGCAACAAGUUCUUUACCUGGGGGCUGAAGCGCUCAUGGCUGUCGCAUACGGUGCCCUCGCCCAGCCGGGCCUGCUCUUCCAGCAUUACCCCCCACCCCUGCUGCCAAAGCCCGGAAAGGACAAUGUCCGGCUCCGGAAGCUCCUCAAGAGGACCGCCAAGAAGAAGGCCUCCGCUCAGGUGCUGCAGCCCGCCGCGCUUUUCCGCUCCAGCCUUUCCCCCGUGAACGAAGCGAGCCCCGACUUCGAGCUCAGCGACCGCUCCACGCCGCCCAAGACGCCGGAGGCGCCGCUCGGCCUCCACGGCGUCCGGCAGCCUCUGCGGUUCUCCGUCCGGCUGCUGUACCAGCACGUGGCGUCGCCGUACCCGCAGCGGGUGAGGUUCUCGCCUCAGACGGUGGUGAUCCCGGAGUGCUCGUACUCGCAGCACGUUACAGCAGUUACCUCAUAUUCUGAACCGACCCACCUUCCUGGAAAUGCACCGGCUCCGGGGCCGGUUGCAGAGUUGGCGGUGCCUAAAAUAUCUGUGCCGGUCUCUAUUGUGCAUGAAGCAACAGCACCAGCUGCAGCCGGAGAAACCCCAAAGACAAAAGGUCCGGGUCCGACUUCUUAUCCAGCAACUGGGGGUCGAGCUGUGAUUCAUCAUCUGGUUGUGUUGACGGCACAUGGCAAAUCCAAAAGUCCACGUCCGACUUUCAGAGCAAAGGAACGUUCAAGAUCGCCCAGACCGAUGUUCGAUGUUCCUCAAAUCAGAAUGUACACGGCGAGCACGUCGUUCUACGAGUCGUCCAGGACCCCGCCGGUGUACGACACGGCUGGAUUAACUGCUAUUGGCAGCACAGCGCUUCAAGAAAUAAAACUCGAUUGGGCUUCAGGGUUCGGAAGAGGUAUGACACCGACAGAUCAGCUUCCUUUGAUGGACACGGAAGCCCAGAGGAAAACACCAACUUCAGGGAUAAAUACAAUCAUAACCACAACAAUUGAAGUCAGAAGAGUUACUCCAACAGUUGAAAUCAAGAGAGCUAUUACUCCAACAGUUGAAAUCAAGAGAGCUAUUACUCCAACAGUUGAAAUCAAGAGAGCUAUUAACCCAACAGCUGAAAUCAAGAGAGCUACCCCAACAAUUGAAAUCAAGGGAGCUACCCCAACAAUUGAAAUCAAGAGAGCUACCCCAACAGCUGAAAUCAAGAGCGCUACUCCAACAAUUGAAAUCAAGAGAGCUACCCCAACAGCUGAAAUUAGAAGAGUCAAAACACCAACUUUUGAGUUUCAAACAUUACGAGCAUUAGCAGGGCGGCCCAGAACCCCGGCAUACCAAUUGUCUCGUGCUACAACGCCCGUCUUUGAAGUCUCGAAACCCAAUCCUCUCUUGUUUGCGGUGUCGCCAAUCACAGUAGAACCAGAGAGGUCAAGAACGCCCAAAGCGGUCCCUGCUGUGGGCGGUUUUUCUGCUUCCCAAAGUGUCAAGACUGUUGAACCUAAGCCUACUGAAACUAUGCCGAAUGGGUACAUUCGUUCAGAAAUCCCUCCUGCUGUAAAACCAAUCCAACAAACCAUCACAAAGUCGAAAUCAGAGCCCGAUCUGACGAGAGGAACUUCUCCAGCUGGCUCUCAAAGACCUAAAACUCCAACUUCUGAGCUGAAAACACCGGUAGUGACUUCUGACAGAAAUCCGAGGCCCAAGACUCCAACAUACGAAGCAUCCCGACUUAUGAACACGUCACCUGGCUUUAAAAGACCGAAGACACCAACAUACGGGACAUCUUCUCUAGGUGUAUCCCCCGUGGCCUUUCAGAGACCUAAAACCCCAACCCAAGUGGCUCAAAAGUCAAAGUCCGGCUACCGGGGAUUGACGCCGGCCGAAUAUGCGGCGCACGGCGGAAUAAGAACUUACUCUCCAGCAUUUGGUAUCUCUGGUGCCAAGGAGGAGGUUCAAGAUGCACAAGAGGAAUCGGCAGAAUGUAAGACGACUAUCCAAGAACCAACCGUGAAGACGUCCGAGGUGUCCAAACCCAAAGAAACCCCCAAAGAUGUAGACACACUCCGUGUGGCCAUCGCCCCUCCGAUCCCCACUAUCAUUGUUUCACAAGCUCCGGACACCUCAGGAACCACGUCAACACAAGAGACCAGUACGGCAUCCUGUAGGGUGGCAGAAAAACAAGAAAAAACGCUGAUUCGAGAAACACCGAAGGCGACGCCUCCACCGGCGGAGGGGAAAUCUCUUGAGAGACAAAAAGCAGGAACACAAGUUCAAGAAGUCGCCAAACCAGAGGCGAAACCUUCGGAAGCCAAACAUCCUCCGGCCAAAAGGGGUGACCAGGAUCCUCUGAGGGCAGUGAGAAAGCUUUUAGGCAAAGAUAAAGUCCAGGAAUCUGGACCUGAGACAAAAGCGGCCGCUCUUCCUGUCACAACGUCUGCAGUUGAGUCAAGAGGAAGUGAAGACAAAGAAAAGAAAGUAGAAUCAACAGAGAAAAGGGAAGGAGAUGAAUCCCUCCCGGCCGAGCCCCUUCUCAAGGUCACACAAAAGCCAAAGGGCUUGAAAUCCAAAGUGAGCGGUUGGUCCCGACUCAAGAAGCACAUGGUUGUAGAGCAGGAGGUGCCCAGAUUUCCGGAGAUAGGCCCCCAGAAGGAGGCCCCCGUGCCGGACCGGAGCGAGGUGCAGAGGGCCGCCGAGAAGGCCGCCGACGGGGCAGGCGCUCGGGACGAGAACCAAACCAAAGACGCUCCCGUGGCAGCGAAGAUGUGGAACGCCGUCCUCUUCCAGAUGUUCUCCACCAAAGAGAACAUCAUGCACCAGAUCGAGAUGAACAAGAGCGAGGGGGCGAAGGAGGCGAAGGAGGAGGGGCAGAAGCACGAGUCGAAAGAGAUCCCCUCGUUCGCCCACCGGCUGCCCGUCCUGCUCUUCAGUCCAAAGUUUGACGCUAAAAGGCUGAAAGAGGCGGCGUCGAGGCCGGUGACGAAAAUCUCCACUGUUUUUGAAAUGGGUCUGAUUGGGCGCAAAGGUAAAGAGGAGGAGCCAAAAGACUUUAAUAGAACAGCGAGGGGGUUUGCAGCUAUAUAAGCUAAUAAUAUAUAUAUAUUUGUAUAUA